AUGGCGGGUGGUGCUGCUAUCAAUAUCUUCAAGUUCAACACAGGCAGUUUGCCCAAGGAGACACUCAAUGCAAAGCUAUGGUUCGCCGUCUUUGCAUUUGGUCUCAUGGGUGCCGCCCGUGGUGUCGACGAGGGUCUCAUCACGGGUGUCUUCAACUCUCACGCUUUCAAGGCAUCUGUUGGCAUUGACGACCUCGAAAAGGAUGAGCUCGCCAGUAUAAAGGGCACCAUUUCCUCCAUGGUUCAGCUCGGCAGUGUUGCCGGUGCUCUGUUUGCUUUCAUUGUUUGUGAUCGUAUCGGCCGUGUCUGGGCUACUCGCCAACUCUGCUGUCUCUGGAUUCUCGGUAUCGCCAUCUUUAUUGGAAACAAUGGCAACAUGGGUGCCGUCUAUGCUGGUCGCUUUGUUGCUGGUCUUGGUAUUGGACAGACUUGUGUCGUCGGCCCCAUAUACCUCUCUGAAAUCUCCCCGGCUCCCAUCCGUGGUCUCUGUACUUGUAUGUUUACUGGUGCUGUGUAUCUUGGUAUCAUGAUUGCCUAUUUUGCCAAUUGGGGUACUCAGAUUCACAUGGCAGAUACCUUCAACCGUUGGGCUGUCCCCACUUCACUCCAUUUAAUGUUCGCCGGUAUCAUCCUGAUCCUCACCUUCUUCCAGCUUGAAUCCCCCCGUUUCUACAUCAAGCAGGGCAAACGCGAGAAAGCCCUCGAGGUCCUCUGCAAGCUCCGCGGCUUACCCGCCGACCACCCAUACGUUCUAAACGAGAUCACCGAAAUGGACGUUGCCUUCCAGGAGGAGAUGGAAGCCACGCUCGGAAUGGGCUGGAAGGGCCUGUUCAAGGAGAUCCUCGGCAUCAAACGCAACGCAUACCGUCUAUUCCUCACCAACCUCGCUCAGAACAUGGCCUGCUGGUCCGGCGGCUCUGCGAUUACCGUGUACGCACCAGAUUUGUUCACCCUCGUCGGCAUCACCGGCCAAGAGCAGUCCCUGUUCUCGACCGUCGUCUUCGGCGUCGUCAAAUUCGUCGCCGCCAUCAUCUGCGCUCUCUUCCUAGUCGAUAUGGCCGGUCGUAAGCGUUCUCUCAUUAUCGGAAUUGUCCUUCAAACCAUUGCCAUGUUCUACAUUGCUAUCUUCCUGAAUCUCGUCCCCAUCGCCGAAAACCCAGAAUUCGUCCCCACUAAGACGCAGAACCGUGCAUCGACCGCCGCUAUUGCCUUCAUCUACAUCUCCGGUGUCGGCUGGGCAUUGGGUUGGAACAGUGGUCAGUAUCUGCUUUCGUCGGAGCUGUUCCCUCUUCGUAUUCGUGGUAUCUGCUCGUCUAUCACAAUGGCUAUGCACUUUAUCUGCCAGUACGCCGUCAACCGUGCCCUGCCUGAGAUGCUGCUCGAGCAUGGAGGUCUCGGCCCUCAUGGAACCUUUUACUUCUUUGGUAUUAUUUCCGUUCUUGGUGGGUUCUGGGUUUGGCUCUUUGUGCCCGAGGCUGCUGGUCGUAGUCUCGAGACUAUUGAUAAGAUGUUCGACCUUCCUUGGUACAGGAUUGGUCUGUACGGAAGGAAGUUUGCUGAGGAGUAUGACCGUGAACAGGAGCAGAUUUACCGUGAUGAGAAGAGGGAUGGGGCAAUUGUUGUCUCCCACAAUGAGCAUGCGUAG